CACCUUGGCACCUCUCAAUCCUGUCUUAUCAGGCCUAUGAACCACACAUUAGCGUUGGGCUGCACGUCUAGAAACGAAGCAACGGAUCUAGUUGAGCAAAGGUGACAAGCUGGGGCCUGUUCUGAGAGGGGCUCUAACCAGCAACCAGCAAGCCUUGACGCUGUCGUAGACGACACCUACCUCCUAAGUUGCAGAUCAACAUGAAGGGUAUGCGACUGGAUAUUUCUUUCGCGGCUGUUGCACUGCUCGGCCUCUGGACCACCUCAGGUGUCUACGCUCAAGCAGGGAAAUCGUGCAGCAUCACCAGAAACCGCCUGGCCCAGGACACCAACCAAUUCAUCAGUGACUGCGGAUAUACCGCAUAUUGCGGGACCGACAAUGUCUGUCAUCCUAAUGGAUGCAGACGCGACGAGUACCCUUUCGGGUACAAGAGCAAAUCAGAGUGGCCGCCUAUGUGUGAUGAAAAAACUCAGUUUUGCCCAGACGAAUUAGAUGGCUGCCAAACGAAGUUGGCCCUUGGCUCGGCUUGCCAGCUUAACAGAGAUGAUGAAUGCGCAGACCCGCCGGAUGAUCUGAAGGCGCAAGGUGUCGAGUCCAUCUGCCUCAAGUACACCUGCCAGUACAAAAACGUAACCAUAGGGCAGGCAUGCAUAAACGAGAACAUUGUGUAUACAGUGUACAAAAGUCCGGUUCUCAACUACGGAGACAUUAUCAGCAGGGACAAUUGUCAUCCCAGUGCAUACUGCAAUGCCGCAACAGCUGUCUGCAGGGACAAGAAGGACAUUGGCAAGGCUUGUGCGGCGGACAAGGAGUGCAACUCAUUCCACUGUUCCGACAACAGUGGCGAAGCACCGGACCAGCUCUACGAUGACGAACAGACUGGCGUAUGUGCGGCUCCGCCCAGCAUUCCCACACAGCCAAGCCCGUGGGUCUAUGUCGUUGUUGCGCUCGGCCUCGUCAUUGGCGGCCUUGGGCUAUGUGUGGGCCUGUUUGCGUUGCACGCUCAGGGUCGCAGAAGGCGCAACGUCGGGGUGCGUCAGUACCACGAGACGCAAGCGCUGCUGCGCGACGACAUCCUUGAGACGUACGAAGCUGCGAAGGACACGAUCAGCGGGCCUCCGAGCCGGCCCGCGAGUAGACCUGCAAGCCGGAAUGGAGGUGCCUGGUCAAAGUCUCACAGCCCGCUGGUGACGGGUGAUGCAAAGCUGCCUCAUGUCUCAAGCCACCCCUCGGUCUCGUCUAGCGUGCAUGGCAGGUCUCCCCUCUACCCCAUCGACUCGAAGGAUGUCUCGGCGGCAGGCGAGGGCGAUUACGCACCGCGGUAGACCACAUUGAGCGACACAUGGUAAGAAAGGACAGGCUCCAGCUGCAUCUUGCUUCCAAAAAUGUGCAGCUGCCACAUGCAGAUUCCGAGCCUGAAGGCACGCUGGAACUUGGGGCAGUGACAAUUUUGCUUGUAUUUGUAUUUGUAAAGGUUUAUCUUUUUCGCGACAGUGUAUACAUGGACAUUGAUUCUCACGC